AUGGAUCCACACUGUGCAUCAUUCAACUAUUACACAUGUACAUGUAGCCACGUUUGUCAGUUGAGCAAUGCUACUCAUUCUCAAAGCCCUGAUGACUUCAUUGAGCUGCAAGGAGUUGAAUACUAUGAUGGCUACUUGGAAACUCCUUCCCUUUUGGCAACAGGCUCUGAACAGUUUAGUAGUUGUCUGAAGUUAUACCAGGCUGGCAGCUGUCAGAGUGGCAUCUACACCAUCUACCCUGCUGGUCUGACUGAAGGAGUGAAGGUCUACUGUGAUAUGGAGACAGAUGGAGGAGGCUGGAUUGUGUUCCAGAGGAGGCAAGAUGGAUCAGUUGACUUUUACCGUAAUUGGGCAGAAUACCAAUCUGGGUUUGGUGAUCUCUCCACUGAGUUCUGGCUCGGUAAUGACAUCCUACGUGACCUUACUGAUUCAGGACAAUGGCGAUUAAGGGUAGAUAUGGCUGAUUGGGACGGAAAUACAGCUUGGGCCAGUUAUGAUGAGUUUGCUGUAUCAGGUGAUAAGUACACUCUCCAUGUUGGCUACUACGAUGGCAACAGUUCCGCAGGUGAUUCAAUGGCGUAUCAUAAUGAUCAUUCCUUCAGUACAAAGGAUCAGGACAAUGAUGCUUGGGUUGGUAUAGACUGUGCACAACGUGACCACGGAGCAUGGUGGUUUAAAGCUUGUAGUCAUGCACAUCUGAAUGCCGGUUACUACCAUCAUACUCAUGCGCACUAUGCAAAAGGUUUGCUUUGGGCUAACUGGACUGGUUACUUAAGUUCCUUAAAGACCUGUUCUAUGAAAAUAAGAGAAGUCGUGUAA